CUGCUUUUGAUUGGUAUGGAAUGGUUAUAUCGUACCGCUGUAGUAGGAACAAUACUAUAAUUGGAAUAGUAUUACUUAAAUGGGAAUAUUACCAUUAUAAUGAAAAUGGCAGUAUAUAAUGAUAUGAUCUGCCAUAACAAACAUAAUACCAUUUAUUGCAUUGUUCUACAACAAGUGAUGCUAACAUCACUCCCUUUUCACUAUCAGUACCUUUUUAUCAUCUCACCAAUGACACAUCAAACCUUUCUCCUUUACUUCCCUAUAAAUAGAAAAAGAACGAGUGCAACCCAUGCAUAUAAAACCAUCAAGCGCUCACAAGAAAGAAAAAGUUGAAAAAGACAAACUCACCAUCGACAUAACACUCCCUGAGCAUGUCACCAUGAAGGACGUAAUGCUGCAAUACACGGAUAAUUCUUACCGCAUAAAAUACGCCAGAGGAUAUGAAAAUGAAAAGGAUGGCGGUUGGUAUGCGUGUGCUGUUUCGGGAUGCAUUGAGGGUACGUUACCGUUCAAGAUUAAGGAACCGGUGUGCGUGGCUAAGGAUGGCGGGUUCUCGCUUGUUUUCAAGAGAGGAAGUGAUAUUGCUAAUCAGUUGAAGAAUGUUCGCAUUAUUGAGUUAUGUGCGGAUAAGAAGGAUAAGGAAGCGAUUUGUGGCACGUGUGGACAGGGAAAGAAGGAUGAUGAGAUGAGGAGUGGAGAGAAGGGUAGUAAGGUGAGUGGUAUGAAGAAAGGUGAAGAGAGUGUGACUAAAGAUGAGAAGAAAGGAAAGGUAUGUGCUGGUGAAGUGUGCAAGGACGAGAAGGGAAAGGUAUGUGCUGGUGAAGUGUGCAAGGACGAGAAGGGAAAAGUGUGCAAGGACGAGAAGGGAAAAGUAUGCGAUGAGAAGGGAAAAGUAUGCAAGGACGAGGUGUGCAAGGAUGAGAAGGGAAAAGUAUGCGAUGCAAAGGGAAAAGUGUGCAAGGACGAGGUGUGCAAGGACGAGAAGGAGCGUAAGAACAAGGAAUGCAAGGAUGAAGAGUGCAAGAGCUGCUGUGAUAAGAACAAAAAGGAGGAAAUUAAGAAGAAGGAAUAGGAGAUUUAAGUAAAAGUACC